CCCUUCAGUACAGAGUCCCCCUCGCUGGAGAUCAGGCAGUCUGCUCUAGCAGCAAGACUAUUCUUUGCAGCCUUUGUUUCUUGGCCCUUCACUCUCCAGGACCGUAGCCUGCCUACCAUGCCCUCCCACGGGGUGUCUGUUGCCCUGCUGCUUUUAGCCCAGGUGGGCUUUUCUGUGAGCCUUGAGGCUAUCCAGUGCCCUCCAUGUUCUGAGGAGAAGCUGGCACGCUGCAGGACACCCUCUGGAUGUGAGGAGCUGGUGCAGGAACCAGGCUGUGGAUGUUGUGCCACGUGUGCCUUAACAAAAGGGAUGCUCUGUGGGGUAUACACAUCUCGCUGUGGUUCAGGGCUGCGAUGUUACCCACCACGGGGAAUGGAAAAGCCCUUGCACACACUCAUGCAUGGCCAAGGUGUUUGCAUGGACCUGUCUGAAGUCGAGGCGAUUCAAGAGAGCAUGCAGUCAACAGAGCAGGCAGAGCUUGAGCUCCCUCCCACCAACAACUUCAGUCCCUGCAACAUCCAUGACCGUAAAUGCCUGCAGAAACAACAAGCAAGAGCACGGGAACGAAUAAACAUUGGUGUCAAGAUGAGGAACCAUGGGAGCCUCAUGCUCCGGGAGGAUAUCCGGCCAAUGGUUCAAGGCUUGUGUCAGAGUGAGCUUCAAAGAGCCCUAGAGAGACUAGCAGCUUCCCAAACCCGAACCCAUGAGGACCUUUACCUCAUUCCCAUCCCUAACUGUGACCAAAAUGGAAAUUUCCACCCCAAGCAGUGUCACCCAGCUUUGGAUGGGCAACGAGGGAAAUGUUGGUGUGUGGAUCGGAAGACAGGGGUUAAAUUGUCAGGAAGUUUGGAAGUGAAAGAAGAUUUGGAUUGCCAUCAGCCUGUAGAUGGAGUGGAAGAGUGACCAGGCUGAUAAGUGGACAAUGAGACUUGCCUUGACAAUCUGCCAAGGGAACUUGUUGUACUUAGUGUUUGAUAAGUAGAUGCAAUGCAAAUUGGGAGUUACCACAAUGCCUUUUUUCCUGAGGGGGAAUAAUAGCAGUAUGGCUGCCUCUCUCAUCAAAAUAACUGCAUUAAUCUAAGCAUGAUGUGGCUUAGUCAACCCGUAUUUCUCUGCUGUUUAACUGGAUAGCUAUUUGCAUCCAUGGAUCAUUCUUCACUCACAAUGGAAACUGUAUUCCAUGUGAGUGAUCACUGGCUUUAAUCUUGAGUACCUCAAUAAGUCUUUUGAGAGUUUCCUCUGAGUAGACCUGCUCUUGUUUUUGGGGAACUUGCUCUUCUUCUACUGAGAAAGGGAAAAGAAAAACAGGGGACAAAGCUCUUUCCCCCACUUUUCUUAAAGGUCCACUAAAACCCAAGCUGUUUCAGUAACGCCUAGAUUUCUUCCAUCCUAAUAUACUUUAUCUCCUUAAUGCAAGGGAUAAAUUAUAUUUAGGAUGAGAAAAAAAAUUCUCUAGCCAUGAUACCAGUCUUCAGUCCUGGAACCAAUUUUUAUUGUCAUGGCUUAGUCUUGAAACAUGUUAAAGCAACAACAUAGAUUAGAGCAUUCUUGAACAAAAUGCUCCAAUUUAUAUUGACCAAACAAUUUUUUUUAAAUCCCAUGUCUCUCCAACAGGACUAAAUUCACUUUGAAUUUAGAAUGCUCUUUUCAGGCAUAAUUUCUAUUUUUGCUUUAAUUUAAAAGAACUACAAUUGUUAAUUCAUAUUCCAAAUAGAGAUACAGGAAUACAGUUACAAAAACUCAAAUCAUAAUAUAUAGUAAUUAAAAAUAUCCUUCUAUAUUAAAAAAAA